AUGGCGACCAACGGCAGCUUCACCCAGCAGGAGCAAUACAAGAAUGCACCAGAGCAGUAUCCAGCUACCACUGGUGCUGCCGACUCUAAUACCGGAAGCGCGUCGGGCAAUGACCUAUCCAAGGAUGAAGUCGGAUGGUAUUUCGUUGAGCAAUACUACACCACCUUGAGCAAGUCCCCGGAGAAGCUUCAUCUCUUUUACGGAAAGCGCUCCCAGUUUGUCUCCGGUCUUGAGGCCGAGGUCGCUCCCGUUUCUGUCGGUCGCAGUGCUAUUCAGGAGCGCAUCCGCGAGCUCGACUUCCAAGACUGCAAGGUCCGUGUCUCGAAUGUCGAUUCCCAAGCUUCGUUCGACAACAUCGUUAUCCAAGUUAUCGGUGAGACCUCGAACAAGUCUGCCGAACUCAAGAAGUUCGUCCAGACCUUCGUCCUCGCUCAACAACCGACCGGAUACUUCGUGCUUAAUGAUAUCUUCCGAUACAUCAACGAGGAGGGUGAGGAGGAAACCCUUGAGCCUGCUGCCCAGGAGGAGGCUGCAGCUCGCCCCUUGACUGAGGACGUCGAGAUGCCAAAGGCUCAAGCCGCGGCUGAGGAGGCCGCUCCGGCCCCAUUGGCUGCCGAAGUUGUGGACAAGAAGUCGGAAGAGGCUAAGUCUGAUGACGUUGCCGCCGUGGUUCCAUCCAUCAACGGUACUGGUGAGGCUGCUGGGGAGGCAGAAAAGGCACCAGUUGCAGCUACCAAGGCUGAAGAGGACGUCGCCCCCAAGGUCGCCGAGAAGGAAGUCGAGGAGACCAAGGAGCCGGAGAAGCCAAAGGAGGCUGCUCCAAGCCCUGCGGCUACACGCCCUACCACUGAAGCCAAGCCCGCCGAACCUGCCCAGCCUGCUGGCCCCGCAAAGCCAUUGAGCUGGGCUAGCCGUGCAGCAGCAGCAGUUGGAACUGCACCUAAGCCCGCUGUUCCUGCAGUUGCUCCAAAAACAUCUACACCCCCAGCCCAAACCCGUUCCGUUCCUCCUGCAGCUAAGCCCGCCGCGGCACAACCAGCAGCAGCCGCCGCCCCAGCAGCUUCAAGUGAAAAGGAUAAGGAGAACACCGCGCCUGGCUCUGGAUGGCAGACUGCUGGUGAUCACGCAAAGAGACAGAACCGACCCCAGUCUAUCUCAGCCGCCCCCGAAGACAAGGGCACCAUGGCCUAUAUCAGAAAUGUCACCGAGAAGAUUACUCCUGAGGACCUACGAGGUGCUCUGGAGUCAUUUGGACCUCUGGUAUACUUCGACAUUAAUCGUUCCAAGAACUGUGCCUUUGUGGAGUACGGAACAGCCGAGGGUUACCAAGCUGCAGCCAACGCCAAUCCCCACCAAAUCGGUGGCGAGAACAUCUAUGUCGAGCCACGCCGGCCAAAGGCCACUGCCUACGGUGGAAACAGCUACUCUGGAGGACGUGGGGGGGUCAACACCCGGGGCCGAGGCGGUUUCCAAGACGGUCGCCAAGGUGGCCAGGGUGGAAGAGGUAAUUAUGGACAGAACCGUGGACGUGGAGGACCUGGAGGUGCACCAGCUCCCCGAGGUCGAGGCCCUCAAGCGGCGAACGCAUAA